CUCAUUACACUCACCUGAUUUCACAUCUUGUUUUUUCUACUUGGCUUCACCUUCCUAAGACAUUUGGGGGCACUUUGAGGAUGGCGAAGAGCACAGAGAGGCUGUAGGCUUCUUUUUUUUGAGGAAGGUGCAAUGUAAAGUUGCCACAUGACACCCUCUGCUGCCCUGCCGUUGGAUGAUUUUACUCGAGGAUAAGACGCAUUCAGGACCUUUCAAGAACAGCCAACGAGGCAGCAGUAACAACAGCAGCAGAUGCACAGGAGAGCAGCAAUGGUCAAGUCAGCGAGAACCGCAUUGGAGCCGCACUGAGGCAAAGCAGCCAGUAGCCCCCUCGUGUCUGGGGACGUCUUCAACAAUUUAAGGGGUGUGGGAAGCUGAGGAGUGGAAAAUUUGCCCCGAACCUGAAUGCCUGCUCAGUCAGACUAACCGGGAUCCCUACACAACUCCUCCUCCUCCUCCCCCUCCUCCUCCUUCCAAAAUGACCGUGGUAGCAGGAGAUAACAUGGACGACACCUCGGCUGUCCCGGGACACCCUCAGGACACCUAUCCCCCGGACCACAAUGACCACGAAUGCUGCGAGAGGGUGGUCAUCAACAUAGCCGGGCUCCGGUUCGAGACACAGUUGAAAACCCUCUCCCAGUUUCCAGAGACAUUGCUCGGCAACCCCAAGAAGAGGAUGCGGUACUUUGACCCUCUGAGAAACGAGUACUUCUUCGACAGAAACCGCCCCAGCUUCGAUGCCAUCCUCUAUUACUAUCAGUCAGGGGGCCGGCUGAGGAGACCAGUGAACGUCCCUUUGGAAAUGUUCUCAGAAGAAAUCAAAUUUUACGAGCUGGGGGCGGAUGCCAUGGAGAAGUUUCGUGAAGACGAGGGUUUCAUCAGGGAGGAGGAGCGUCCUUUACCCGAAAAUGAGUUCCAGCGUCAGAUUUGGCUCCUCUUCGAGCACCCGGAGAGCUCAGGCCCUGCGAGAGUGAUCGCCAUUGUGUCUGUGAUGGUAAUCCUGAUUUCAAUUGUCAUAUUUUGUUUAGAGACUUUACCACAGCUGAAAGAGGACCCCAGGGGUCGAAUGAUCCCAUUUGGGAACACUACUAUUUAUUAUAAGCCAAAUCUCCUCACUGACCCCUUCUUCGUCAUUGAGACACUCUGUAUCAUCUGGUUCUCCUUUGAGCUGAUUGUACGCUUUCUGGCGUGCCCGAGCAAACCGGCCUUCUUCAAGAACAUGAUGAACAUGAUCGACAUAGUGGCUAUCAUCCCUUACUUCAUCACACUCGGCACAGAGCUGGCCGAAGACCCAGAGAAAGAGGGAGUGGGGGAGCAGGCAACAUCUCUGGCCAUACUCAGGGUGAUCCGUCUGGUCAGAGUGUUCAGGAUCUUCAAGCUGUCUCGACACUCCAAAGGACUGCAGAUUUUGGGGCAGACGCUCAAGGCCAGCAUGCGAGAGCUGGGAUUGCUGAUCUUCUUUCUGUUCAUUGGAGUCAUCUUGUUCUCCAGUGCUGUCUACUUCGCCGAGGCAGAGGAGGACGGAUCCCACUUUGGCAGCAUCCCGGACGCCUUUUGGUGGGCUGUUGUGUCUAUGACAACUGUGGGCUAUGGGGACAUGGUGCCGGUCACUAUAGGAGGCAAGAUUGUAGGAUCUCUGUGUGCCAUCGCCGGAGUGUUGACAAUUGCGCUCCCAGUGCCUGUCAUUGUGUCCAACUUCAACUACUUCUACCACAGGGAGACCGAGGGAGAAGAGCAGGCCCAGCUGCUCAACGUCAGCAAUACCAACCUCCCCUCUGAAACCAACUCCAGCCGCCGUAGUUCAUCCACCGUCAGCAAGUCAGAGUACAUGGAGAUCGAUGGAGACAUAAACAAUAGCAUCGACAACUUUAGGGAGGCAAACCUCAGAACUGGCAAUUGCACUAUAGCCAACCAAAACUGUGUAAAUAAAAGCAAGCUGCUUACAGAUGUUUAGAAACUAGCUAGGAACUUAGAGGAUCUCUAUGGGACUGUCAUAUGUGGAGUAGACCAUCAGUUAAGAAUGCUUCAUUUACCUCCUCAAAGCGCUCUAUGGCAUUAGGCCUACAACUAUGCUAAGCUAUAUAGAAAGGAAAGAAAAAUCAAAGCUCUUAGAGUGAAUGACAGGUAGAUAGAAUAAUUAAUUCUUCUGAUCCUACAAAUAUAUAGGUACAUCAAAAAGAAAACAUCGAAUAUUACGCAUAUACACGGCUCCCUGGAGGACGCAGAGCGCACACUGUCUCAUCCAAUGACGGCGUGAUACUAAAAUCUUAUGCAUGGAGUACAGAAAACAUUUCAGCAAGUUGCACAAUGCACCAGAAAAGUCUGCAGAGACAUGCAAGCACCUGCAGCCAAGUGGUAAGCGCCAAGAAGUUAGGUGACCCCCGUCCCUCCUCCUUCCUCCCUCCUCUCUCCCUACAAAGGAUAUCUACUAUUCAGCAAAGCACCUUAUAGGAGGAAGACUGAUCUCUCUUGUUUGGAUGUAAACAGAUGGUGAUCUGCUCGCUUCACGGACAUCCGCAAUGCUGCUGUUUUCCAGCAGAUGCUGUAAUUGUGAUAUCACCAAGUGAUUCAAUGCCAUGCCCUUUAGAUGCAACACAGCACAAUGUUAAAGUGAGCUUCACACGAGCAUGAUUAGAGACUUUCCAUUUUGAUAUCGGCAUGCACGAGACAUAUCUCACAUAAUGGAAAGGAUGUUCUUUUGGAUACCUGCCUCCAUCCCCCUCUUCUCAUCUGUUUUCAUACCGAGUGCACUGGAUGAGUUAUUAAUUUGAAAUGCUAAUCAUUUAGAAGUAUAGAAAUUGAAUGUUAAAUCUUAAGGAAACAGUACAUAAAUGAGAUCAUAGCAUGAUAAAAGUUACCUGCAUUAUGGUCUAUUGACUAAGGUACUUUUGUAUCCUGGUAUAUUUAAUGCAUGACAUGAGUAUUCAGCUUGUUGCAAUUCAGGCACUCUGCAGUGCCCUAUUGUCAGGGAAGCUAAGGAAAUCAAAUUCUGGAUGUUUUCCGAAUUGCGAUCAAAUAUAUCCAAACCCACCUUGAGGAUGCAGAGUUUCUCAUUUAAAGGUAGUCAAAGAAACUGAAUAAGUAUUAUCAAAAAUGCAUAUAAUUAUAAUAAGCACCAAUUACAGUAUUACUUCAAUAGUGCAGUGCAUGGACUUUCUUUGAACAAGAAAAGUUAACAUAUCAUUAGUCAUGCUUCCAUUUCCACAUCAAAUUUGAGUACACAUUGGUUAGGAAUCCACUGAAAAAAGGAUCAAGACCAAAUUUCACUUCAUAUUACAGAGAAUUAUUCUGACAUUAGUUGCUAGUGCCUUUAUCCCUUUCACCACCAGGACCAGUGAAAGUGCCUCUGUGUACAAUGGGAUUUGUGAGGUUGAGCACAGCUGGUUUACCUUCUGUUCGAGUGUUGUUGUUGGUUACGAUGUAAACGAUGCCAGAUGAGCAAGGUUGAAACAGCAGGUGAUUGUGGUCAAAAACAAAAGAUGAUCCAUGGCUGUUAUGCACAACCCG